AAUUAGCGUUGUAGCCCUCGCUCCUGCUGGGGAGGGUGGACCCCGCACUGGCUUUGGCCUGUCCCUUUAAGAAAGACGACGUUAUCCCAGGCUGCUAUUCGACUACUACUGCCUGGUCCAGGGGGUCGUUUGCUACUCGUUAGGUCUGGCCUUAAGCCGGAAAUAGAGGGGGCUCCGAGUGGGAGCCACGACAGUGACGUCCAAGGCCGGCCCCACGCCUCCGCCUUUGCCCCGCCUCCCGUUACUCAUUGGAGACGCUUUGCGCCAAUUACGCCGCGGCUACCCAAUGGCUAGCCACCUGUCCUCCGGGUCCUGCCCAGUGGUCUCCCCCAGGUGGCCGGGUCUUCGUGUGCGCAUGCGCCCAAGCCCUUCCCAGGUUUUAACUCUCUUGGCCCAACUGCGCAAGCCUAAAGAAGACCGCUGCGCCUAGUCGCCCCCGCCCCCCGCUCUGCGCGUGCGCACUUCCACCGUCGGGUUUUCCUUUUCCGGGUCCUCGCUGGGGCUAUCGGGCGCAUGCGCCAUUGCAGGCUGGCGGCUGGCGGCUUCUUCCGGCCUUCCUUUUAGGCCGGCACCGGCAGAAGCGGGGCGAACGCUGUGCCCCUAGCGAGUGACCUGCUACCCCGGAAGUGGACCUCAGGGUCCUAGGGCUCUCCCCGGUCCGGAGAGGAAGGAGCCGUCGCCUGCACUCCGAGAGCACCCACUCCACGCCCACCUCUGGAUGUUGCCGACGGGUGCCCGGCCCGUGCCCCGCGCCUGCCUACUGGCUCGGCCCCCCGGAGCGGUUCCGAGCCACGGGUGGGGGCCGAGACCCCGCCCCUGAUGCCGCCCCACCCCUGUGCCGGAGCCGCGCCCCGCUGACUGCCCCGGCCGGCCCCGCCCCCUGCCCGCACCCGCGCCCCGCCGAUCCCUUCCCCCGCGGGGGGAGACCAUGGCGUGAGCUCCAGGCCGGGCCCCGGGGCCCUCGGGCACCAAGCGGGGCAUGGGCCGGGGUCCGCCCCCAUGAGGGUCCCGGGAGAAGGACGCGCGCAGCAGCGGCGGGGCCAUGGGGUCUCAGGUGUUGCAGAUCCUGCGCCAGGGGGUGUGGGCCUCGCUCACCGGCGGUUGGUUCUUCGACCCGCAUCAAAGUACCUUCUCCAACUGCUUCCACCUUUAUGUCUGGAUCUUCCUGCUCAUCUUUCCCUUCUUGCUGUACAUGGUCUUACCCCCCAGCUUGGUGGUGGCUGGUGUGUACUGCCUGGUGGUGGCAGCCAUCUUCACUACCAUCAAGACUGUGAACUAUCGGCUGCAUGCCAUGUUCGACCAGGGCGAAAUUGUGGAGAAGCGCAACUCUACCAUGGGAGAACAGGAGGAGGAGCCUGCCCAGGGGGACAGCAGUCUGCCCAGGGACCCUGGUGUAGAGAUGACAGUGUUCCGGAAAGUGAGUUCCACACCCCCAGUUCGCUGCAGUUCCCAGCAUUCUGUGUUUGGCUUCAACCAGGUCUCGGAACUGCUGCCUCAGAUGGAAGACUCUGGGCCCCUCAGAGACAUCAAGGAGCUGGUGCGAGAGCAGGGCAGCAACAACGUGAUCGUGACCUCUGCCGAUCGAGAGAUGUUGAAGCUCAGUUCACAAGAGAAACUGAUUGGCGAUCUUCCCCAGACACCCCCAGGGGCUCUCCCAGACCCCUCUUUCCCCAGCACGGACUCGUCAGAGCGCUCUCCCCUGGCUGGAGGUGGAGCUCCCUGGGGUGGGAGCAGCGUGGUGGACACUCCCAUGAGCCCCUUGCUGAAGGGGAGCCUCAGCCAGGAGCUGAGCAAGAGCUUCCUGACUCUGACCCGGCCUGACCGGGCCCUCGUAAGGACCAGCAGCCGAAGGGAACACCGCCGGGGAGCUGGAGGUUACCAGCCCCUGGACCGGCGGGGCUCGAGUGAGCCCAUGCCCCAGAAAGCGGGCUCCUCGGACUCAUGCUUCAGUGGCACAGACAGGGAGACGCUGAGCAGCUUCAAGAGUGAAAAGACCAACUCGACACACCUGGAUAGCCCCUCUGGUGGACAGGCUCCUGAGGGCAGUGACACAGACCCCCCCUCUGAGGCUGAGCUGCCUGCUUCACCAGAUGCUGGGGUACCCUCUGACGACACCCUGCGUUCCUUUGACACAGUCAUUGGAGCAGGAACGCCACCAGGUCCAACUGAGCCACUCAUGGUUGUGCGACCCAAGGACUUGGCCCUGCUUCGGCCUAGCAAACGGCGGCCACCUGUACGAAGACAUUCCCCCCCCAGCCGUGCCCCUCGACGCCCCCUGCUUGAGGGCGCAGGCUUCUUUGAGGACGAAGACACCAGCGAGGGCAGCGAGCUGAGCCCAGCCUCGAGUCUGCGAUCACAGCGCCGCUACAGCACCGACAGCUCUUCUUCCACUUCCUGCUACUCCCCUGAGAGCUCCCGGGGUGCAGCAGGGGGGCCUCGGAAGCGCCGAGCUCCCCAUGGGGCUGAGGAAGGCACCGCCGUACCCCCUAAGCGGCCCUAUGGGACCCAGCGGACGCCCAGUACUGCCAGUGCCAAGACGCAUGCGCGCGUGCUGAGCAUGGACGCCGCGGCCGGGGGGGAUGUCCUGAGGGCCCCCCUGGCGGGCUCCAAGGCCGAGCUGGAGGCCCAGGCAGGAGGGGAACUGGCGACCAGUGAGCCUGCUGAGGUGCCUGCUGAGCCCCGCAGGGGCCCUGCUGCCAACCAGCCCGGCUGGCGAGGGGAGCUGCAGGAGGAAGGUGCGGUGGGGGGAGCAGCCGAGGAGACAGGCAAGCGGGACCACUCGAGCAACGUGCGGCGGACGCAGGCCAUCCGGAGGCGCCACAACGCCGGCAGCAACCCCACCCCGCCCGCCUCUGUCAUGGGCUCGCCGCCCAGCAGCCUGCAGGAGGCCCAGCGGGGCCGCGCCGCCUCCCACUCACGGGCCCUCACCCUGCCAUCCGCCCUGCACUUCGCCUCCUCGCUGCUGCUUACCCGGGCCGGCACCAAUGUGCACGAGGCCUGCACCUUCGACGACACCUCGGAGGGGGCCGUGCACUAUUUCUACGACGAGAGCGGUCGGGCUGUGGCGCUCCUGUCCCUGACACGCCUCCUCGUCUCCCAUGCCUCUGUCCCAGGUGUGCGGCGGUCCUACACCUUUGGCCUGGCUGGGGGUGGCUACGAGAACCCCGUGGGGCAGCAGGGAGAGCAGGCAGCCAACGGAGCGUGGGACCGCCACUCCCACUCCUCUAGUUUCCACUCGGCCGACGUCCCCGAGGCGACAGGAGGUCUGAACCUGCUGCAGCCCCGGCCGGUGGUUCUGCAGGGCAUGCAGGUGCGCCGGGUGCCCCUGGAGAUCCCAGAGUUUGACCUGCUGGACCAGGACUCCCUGCACGAAUCCCAGGAGCAGACCCUGAUGGAGGAGGCACCGCCCCGCGCCCAGCACAGCUACAAGUACUGGCUCUUUCCUGGCCGCUGGACCUCGGUGCGCUAUGAGCGGCUCGCCCUGCUGGCCCUGCUGGACCGGACACGGGGGGUGAUGGAGAACAUCUUUGGCAUCGGGCUAAGCAGCCUGGUUGCCUUCCUGGGCUACCUGCUGCUGCUCAAGGGCUUCUUCACGGACAUCUGGGUCUUCCAGUUCUGCCUGGUCAUCGCCUCCUGCCAGUACUCCCUGCUUAAGAGCGUGCAGCCUGACGCGGCCUCUCCCAUGCAUGGCCACAACUGGGUGAUUGCCUACAGCCGGCCCGUCUACUUCUGCAUCUGCUGCCUGCUCAUCUGGCUGCUGGACGCCCUGGGCUCGGCUCAGCCCUUCCCACCCGUCUCCCUCUACGGCCUCACACUCUUCUCCGCCUCUUUCUUCUUCUGCGCCCGGGAUGUGGCCACCGUGUUCACCUUGUGCUUCCCGUUCGUCUUCCUUCUGGGCCUCCUGCCCCAGGUCAACACCUGCCUCAUGUACCUGCUGGAGCAGAUAGACAUGCACGGCUUUGGGGGCACAGCCGCCACCAGCCCGCUCACGGCCGUCUUCAGCCUGGCCCGCAGCCUGCUGGCCGCCGCUCUGCUCUAUGGCUUCUGCCUCGGAGCCAUCAAGACUCCUUGGCCAGAGCAGCACGUCCCCGUCCUCUUCUCCGUCUUCUGUGGCCUCCUGGUGGCGCUGUCCUACCACCUGAGCCGGCAGAGCAGUGACCCCACCGUGCUCUGGUCUCUGGUUCGGAGCAAGAUCUUCCCUGAACUAGAGGAGCGGAGCCUGGAGACAGCCCGCGCCGAGCCCCCGGACCCCCUGCCAGAGAAGAUGCGCCAGUCGGUGCGAGAGGUCCUGCACUCCGACCUGGUGAUGUGCGUGGUGAUCGCCGUCCUCACGUUUGCCGUCAGCGCCAGCACCGUCUUCAUCGCCCUGAAGUCGGUGCUGGGUUUCGUGUUGUACGCCCUGGCUGGAGCUGUGGGCUUCUUCACGCAUUACCUGCUGCCGCAGCUCCGCAAGCAGCUGCCCUGGUUCUGCCUCUCGCAGCCCGUGCUGAAGCCGCUGGAGUACAGCCAGUAUGAAGUGCGCGGUGCUGCCCAGGUGAUGUGGUUUGAGAAGCUGUACGCCAUCCUUCAGUGUGUGGAGAAGUACCUCCUCUACCCUGCGGUGGUGCUCAACGCCCUCACAGUGGACGCCCACACCGUCGUCAGCCACCCGGACAAGUUCUGCCUCUACUGCCGGGCACUGCUGAUGACCGUGGCAGGGCUGAAGCUGCUGCGCUCGGCCUUCUGUUGCCCACCCCAGCAGUACCUGACCUUGGCUUUCACCGUCCUGCUCUUCCACUUCGACUACCCGCGCCUCUCCCAGGGCUUUCUGCUCGACUACUUCCUCAUGUCCCUGCUUUGCAGCAAGCUGUGGGACCUGCUGUACAAGCUGCGUUUCGUGCUGACCUACAUCGCGCCCUGGCAGAUCACCUGGGGCUCGGCCUUCCAUGCCUUUGCCCAGCCCUUCGCCGUGCCACAUUCGGCCAUGCUGUUCGUGCAGGCCCUGCUGUCAGGGCUGUUCUCCACGCCGCUCAACCCCCUCCUGGGCAGCGCUGUCUUCAUCAUGUCCUACGCGAGGCCUCUCAAGUUCUGGGAGCGCGACUACAACACUAAACGUGUGGAUCAUUCCAACACCCGCCUGGUGACUCAGCUGGACAGGAACCCCGGCGCUGAUGACAACAACCUCAACUCCAUCUUCUACGAGCACUUGACGCGCUCGCUGCAGCACACGCUGUGUGGGGACCUGGUGCUGGGCCGCUGGGGCAACUACGGCCCCGGCGACUGCUUCGUCCUGGCCUCCGACUACCUCAACGCGCUGGUGCACCUCAUCGAGGUCGGCAACGGCCUCGUCACCUUCCAGCUGCGCGGCCUUGAGUUCCGGGGCACAUACUGCCAGCAGCGCGAGGUGGAGGCCAUCACCGAGGGCGUGGAGGAGGACGAGGGCUGCUGCUGCUGCGAGCCCGGCCACCUGCCCCGCGUGCUGUCUUUCAACGCCGCCUUCGGGCAGCGCUGGCUGGCCUGGGAGGUGACAGCCAGCAAGUACGUGCUGGAGGGGUACAGCAUCAGCGACAACAACGCCGCCUCCAUGCUGCAGGUCUUCGACCUCCGCAAGAUCCUCAUCACCUACUAUGUCAAGAGCAUCAUCUACUACGUCAACCGCUCCCCCAAGCUGGAGGCCUGGCUGAGCCACGAGGGCAUCGCGGCUGCCCUGAGGCCCGUGCGGGCCCCCGGCUACGCUGACUCAGACCCCACCUUCUCCCUGAGCGUGGACGAGGACUACGACCUGCGCCUCUCCGGCCUCUCCCUGCCCUCCUUCUGCGCCGUGCACCUGGAGUGGAUCCAGUACUGCGCGUCCCGGCGAGGCCAGCCGGUGGACCAGGACUGGAACUCGCCCCUCGUCACCUUGUGUUUUGGCCUGUGUGUGCUGGGCCGCCGGGCCCUGGGGACGGCCUCGCACAGCAUGUCUGCCAGCUUGGAGCCCUUCCUGUACGGCCUGCACGCCCUGUUCAAGGGCGACUUCCGCAUCACCUCCCCCCGCGACGAGUGGGUCUUUGCCGACAUGGACCUGCUCCACCGGGUAGUGGCACCUGGGGUCCGCAUGGCCCUCAAGCUUCACCAGGACCACUUCACAUCCCCAGAUGAGUACGAGGAGCCGGCAGCCCUGUACGACGCCAUCGCAGCCAACGAGGAGCGGCUGGUCAUCUCCCACGAGGGGGACCCGGCGUGGCGCAGCGCCAUCCUGAGCAACACGCCCUCCCUGCUGGCGCUGCGCCACGUCAUGGACGACGCGUCCGACGAGUACAAGAUCAUCAUGCUCAACCGCCGCCACCUCAGCUUCAGGGUCAUCAAGGUGAACCGGGAAUGCGUGCGCGGCCUGUGGGCCGGGCAGCAGCAGGAGCUGGUGUUCCUGCGCAACCGCAACCCCGAGCGGGGCAGCAUCCAGAACGCCAAGCAGGCGCUCCGCAACAUGAUCAACUCCUCCUGCGACCAGCCCCUCGGCUACCCCAUCUACGUGUCGCCCCUCACCACCUCGCUGGCCGGCAGCCACCCCCAGCUGCGGGCGCUGUGGGGCGGGCCCGUCAGCCUGGGUGCCAUCGCCCGCUGGCUCCUGCGCAGCUGGGAGAGGCUGCAUAAGGGCUGCGGCGCUGGUUGCAAUAGUGGCGGCAACGUGGACGACUCUGACUGCGGUGGGGGCAGUGGCCUGGCCUCCCUCAGCAAUAAUCCCCCUGCGGCACACCCCACGCCCGAGAACGCGGCAGGCAGCGGGGAGCAGCCCCUCCCCUCGGGCCCUGGCUGGGGGCCCAGGCCCUCCAUCAGCAGCUCCGGAGAUGGGCGGCCCCCCCCUCUGCUGCAGUGGCCGCCCCCUCGGCUCUCCGGACCGCCGCCCGCCUCCCCCGCUCUCGCCGAGGUUCCCCGCCCCUCACGGCCCCCCGGCCCCGGGCUCCUCAGUGCCGAGGGGCCCAAUGGGAAGUGGAGCCUGGGGGGCCGGAAGGGACUGGGAGGAUCCGAUGGGGAGCCAGCCUCAGGGAGCCCCAAAGGAGGCACCCCCAAGUCUCAGGUGCCUCUGGACCUCAGCCUCAGCCCCGACGUGAGCUCCGAGGCCUCGCCUCCUCGAGCAGCCCAGGACAUUCCUUGUUUGGACAGCAGUGAUGCCAAGAGCGGGACGCCCAGCGGGCCCCCGGGCGACUGGCCGGCCCCCGCCGAGGAGCGCGAGAGCCCCGCCGCGCAGCCCUUGCUGGAGCACCAGUACUGAGUGGCCGGCGCCACCGGACCUGCCCGGGACCCAGUGACUCGGACGCCCUCCGCUGCCGCCGGCCUCUGCUGGGCCGCAGAACUGAGCAGCUUUGGCUCCCAAGUCUGAACCCUCACCUCUGUCUGCCUCAGCCAGAGCACCAGAACUGAAUGGCCCGGCCCUCUGACCUUGACCUCUGAGCUCCCCCAAAUUCACGGCCUGGGUGCUCUCAGCUGGGGCACUCAGCCUCCCAGCCGGGCCCCGAGAGCCAAACCCAUGGGCUGGUCCCUCUCUGAGCCCGUGACCAGGACGGACUGUGCCCUGGGCCUGCACUGCCUGAAGGCUGGUCCCCUUUGCCUGGACCUGGGGCCCGGAACCGGGCAAGGCUGGUUUGUUUGUUUCUUUUUUCUUUCUUUCUUUUUUUUUUUUCCGUGCUUCAGAGACACCAAAUUAAUAACACUAUUUUUGAUUUUG